UUUUUUUGCGGCACAACGCUUGAAGCAAUGGCCGAAAGACGACUUCACCACGAUAUUUUCGAGUCUGUUUGGCAGGAGAGUCAGCAAACGGAGCUUCUCCGUCCAUCCUGGAUCUUCGUGUCCACUGCAUCAGCAAGCUGUGACCGCUUCAGGCUUUCAGGCUUGAGAGCCUUGUCGCUGUCGCUCUUUCGACUGGUCUUCCCCCCACUUGCGCGCACGGACUGGGCCCUACCAGCUUCGGAGGCAGGCGCAGCACAGCUGCACAGCUUGUUGGAUCUGACCAGGCACGAAUUUCCAGAGCCGUUGGCGCAACACGAGUGGCAUAUUUGGAUAUAUUUGGAUGAGUGGCUUGCCUGGCAAAGGAGAAGUUCUUGCAGCUGUAUGAUGGCCACUCCCGCCAGCGUGCCAUUCCAGUCAUUGGUGGCCCUGGCGCCGAUGCAAAUCUCGGUGGAAAGUGGCGCGCCUACUGCAAGCAAGAUCUCGAGAGGAGAUGGCCACAUUGGGCCACAUUGGAUCAGAUCGAGCGCCACACGCAAAACGAAGGCCUGAAUGACCGAGUUGUCCUGCUCUACAAGGCCGUGCUGGACAUCAACUCAAGCUGGCAGUGGAUAGAGGAGAUUUCGGGGUCUGAAGCGUCAAACCCUGGAGGCUUCGGUGGCUUCGGUUGCGCCGCGUGCGGCCACUGGCUUUGAGGCUGACGCUGCGUGCCUCGUUGCCCGUGAUCGUGAGCCACCGCAGCCCAUCUCUGACAUUUUGAGUGAUUGGUCAGAUGGCCUUCGCGAUGUGCCAGCCUCGCGAAAGGAGCGGCCCCGCAGAUCAACGAAGGCCAAGAAGGAGCAACUAGAGAGAACAAAAACAAUGCCACAAAAAGAAGAACAAGAAGAAGGGAGAAGGAGAGCAAGCGUGCUAACAGCGCUGAUUGCAACAUGUGUGGCCACAACGCCUGGCCGGACACGAUGCUGCGAUGUGCAAAAAAAAGGUGCUCCUUCAGGUUGCUUGGGACCAAAAUCAGUCUGCGAGUUUGUUCCUGUCAUAGCUUUAACACACA